ACUAAAUAUAUUUUGCUUCAUAGUAUCCACUAUUUUUUCACAUUUUAUAAUCAAUUUAUAUAUACAAAUUAACCGUUCAUAAAAAUCCUAUCUAAAAUCUGCCGAUUUUUAAAGCUCACGAAGAAUACAUGUCGUCACCUCUUGUUAUUGUCUUAUAACAACGUUGGUAGACGAUGUAUUCCCAUAAAGCUGUUCACUAUCACGUGGCAACCCCAACUACAUAUGUUUUACGAUGUCUCGUGGUUGUCACUAUGAUCGUAGCUGCGGCCACGUUUUUGCAUAUUAACAAUUAUAGGCCCAAACAAACAUUCCUCUCCUGUGACAGACCAUGUCAUCACUUGGAUUGGCCUAUGAUCUGUCGGGUGAAACUCACGUUAGAAGUCUUCCAAUCGCUCAGCAAAUCAUGCGGUGAUUGUCCAUUAAAUCAGACGGCUUGCUUGGCCAAUCAUUGUGUUUCCGCGGAUGGACAGAGACGCGGUAUACUUACGGCCAAUCGUCAAAUGCCAGGACCAAGUAUUCAGGUUUGUGAAAACGAUAUUCUAGUGGUGGAUGUGAUAAAUCGUCUUCCUGGUAAAGCAGCUGCGGUGCAUUGGCGUGGGCAAACACAAGUGGAAAUGCCAUACAUGGAUGGCACACCGUUGGUCACACAAUGUCCGAUACCGAGUUAUACCACUUUCCAAUACAAAUUCCGUGCUUCCGUACCCGGUACUCAUCUCUGGCAUGCACAUGCAGGGGCUGAUGUCACGAAUGGUAUUAUCGGAUCGCUGAUCGUGAGACAGGCAGACCUUCGAGAACCCCAUCGCGCCCUUUACGACAUUGACGAUCCUAAUCACAUGGUCCUAGUGACCCAGUGGCAACAUUCGCCGGAAGUAUCGCUUAACCAAGGUCACUCGAAACCGGCAAUUCUCUUGAUUAAUGGGAAAGGCCGUCAGCCGGGUGGACCCCCGAUUCCCCUAAGUACAUUCACGGUCGUUCCAGGACGACGUCACAGAUUCCGUGUGGCGAAUGCCGGAGGCGCCAGUGCAUGCCCGGUGACGCUUUUCAUCGAUGGCCACUCGCUUUUCUUGAUUGCGCUUGAUGGUCAUCCUACAAAACCACGACAGAUCACUUCGAUCACUCUGGCCAAAGGUGAAAGGGCGGACUUUGUCCUCAAAGCGAGUAAACGCAUCGGUUCCUAUUGGAUGACUGUGCAUACGGCGAAAGAAUGCGGAACGAGCGUAAUAAGUGGCGCGGCGAUGCUCAAUUAUAAAGGCAAUUCGGAAAAUCCUGGAGCAACAGCGGACGCUAUCGAUCAAUACGAUAUCGACGAGACAGGAACGGACCGAUUGGCCCUGACGACGAAUCCCGUCGAGAAAUGCGGCGACCGAGAGAAUUUGUGCGUCAUGGAUAUUCAAAAUAUGCGUAAAAUGUCACAAAUCCUAACUAAGCCCAAGAUGGACGUGACAUUAUAUCUGCCAAUUAGCUACAAGAUGCAAGCAACGGAAUUAAUAGGUAACGGCGGGGCGGAGACGCGAGUGUUGAAUGUGGACAACGCCACUUUCACGUUUCCGUCAUCGCCUUUAUUGACCCAGGGUGGGGACGUGUCCCCAGGGAUGCUGUGCACCAACAGCGACGAUAACGAGACCGAUUUCAAUGAAAGCAACGAGACCGUGUCACGACGCCGGUGCCGUCCGGUCGGCGACGGCGGCGCGGCUGACAUAUGCGAAUGUGUACACGUGCGUCACGUGCCGCUUGGAGCGACCGUCGAGAUUAUUCUCCUGGAUCAGGGUGGUUUGGACGAUCUAGUUUACCACCUACACGGCUACAAUUUUUAUGUGGUGGGUGCCAGGCAAUUUGGACGAAGUAUGUCGCUGCAAGAAGUGAAAAAACUAGACGAGAGGCAACAGCUUUUUGCGCGAAAUCUCGAUUGCGCACCGGUCAAAGAUACUAUCAUCGUGCCUAAAUUCGGUGCCGUAGCGCUGCGAUUUAAAGCCGACAAUCCAGGUUAUUGGAUACUUCGGGAUGAACACGCAACCGAUUGGACUCGCGGUUUAGACGUUAUUUUGCAAGUCGGGGAACCUGGUGACAUGGUGACUGCGCCGCAGGACUUUCCUAAAUGCGGCUCCUUUGUUGGACCCGAUUACUUUCUCAUAUAGACUGUUAUCAUUUAAAUAUUAAACAUGUAUAUAAUUGUAUAUAACAAUAGCGCUUCGGACACAACUCUAAUCGCUCUUAGAUAAAUUUUACGAUUUGUUACAAAUAAAUAUUCAUUUACAUUUGAUAA